GCAGCCGGCCCGUUACCGCGGGCGCCGGGGGCCGGGGCGGCGCUGUGGUUUCGGUGCCGGCCGCCGGCGGGUGGCCUAACGAGCUCUCGGCACGCACCCCGCGCCGGCGGCCCGCCCGGCGCCUCCUCCCCUGGCGGCCCGCCCUGGUGGCACCCCCGAAUCCUGUUUCAUCUCGGGACUCGGGCGUGGGGUGUCCGCUGGCGUCGACGAGUGGACGUGCGCAGCUGGGGGACCUGUGUACGUGACCAUGGGGUCCCUGAGCCGGGAAGCCUGGGCCCAGCGCCUGGUCGCCUUCCGGGCCAGCCCGUCCGCCUUCCUGGCAGGUCCCGUGGGUGAGGAUCUGGGUCGAGACCUGCUGAGCGACCUGAGAAGUGAGAAGCUGAGCGAACAGACCAAGGUUUCCUUGCUGGCCUUGAGCUUGGAGUACCCAGACCAGCUGUGGCCGGAUGCCCCUGCGGCUGAGACAGCGGCCACCUCCUUCUUGGACACCCUGGUCCUUCUACCUCCGCGGCCCUCAGCCAUACGGCGGCCCCUGCUUCUGGCGGCCACCACAGCCCUGGUGGCAGGAAGCGCGCUGGGCCCCAACUCGGGUGCCUCAGGCCGGCUCCUCCCCCUUCUGCUUGGGUUAGCUUCAGGCCGCGAUCUGGGUCGAGGCUUUGGUCCCCCCUCGGAACAGCGACCCCUGCAGGCCACAGCGUGCGAAUGCCUGCGGGAAUUGGAGAGCUGCAAGCCUGGGCUGCUCACAAGCUGCCUGGGGAUGCUCCGGAGCCUGCUAGGCCACGAGGGCCCCGUUCAGCCGCUCAGCCUGCUGCUGGCACUUGCUCUGCGCAACUGCUUGGUGUUACAGGCCAGGGCCAGGGCCGGUCUGCAGAGCCUGCUCAUGACCUCGGUCUCUCCCACCGAGUGUGGUUCUUGGAACUGGACACUAGCUGAAGAGGGUGAUGCCCACCUUCAGCCCCAGGCACCCAGCAGGCCAGUGGCCAAGGAGGGGGAGUGUGGCCUUGCAGCCCUGGAGCCCAGUCCUGAAGAGGCCCGAGAGCUGCGGGCUGUUGUGGCCCAGCUUCUGGACACCUCCUACCUACUUACUCCUGUGGCGCAGGCCCAACUUCUGUGGCUGCUGGGCUGGGCCCUCCGGGGUCUUCGGGGACAGCCGCCAGUGCUCUUCAAGCCGCAGUUGGUACGGCUACUGGGUACAGCACAGCUGACGCUGUUGCACGCUGUUCUGGCACUCAAGGCGGCCUUCGGUGAGGCACUGUUCACGGCCCAGGAUGAGGCUUUACUGCUCCGCCGGCUAACCUUGGCUGCUCAGCACCCGGCCCUGCCCCUGCCCACCCAUCUCUUCUACCUGCACUGCCUCCUGAGCUUCCCUGAGAACUGGCCACUGGGCCCCACAGGUGAGGAGGCCGUCCCGCUGCUGCUAGGGCCCCAGCUUUGCAUUGGUCUCUUGCCCAGUCUCCUGCACGACCCUUCAGACCUCCUGGCACGCCUGCAUCUGCUGUGCCUGCUUUGUGCAGAAGAUGAACAAGACGAGAAAGGUCAGGAUCAGAGCCCCCGGCGAUACCUGGAGGAGCUGCUGGCUGACCUGCAGCAGAGGGCAGCCCUGGAUGGGGGCCCCCGGGCCUUCGCCAUUCUCUGCUUCCAGGCCUCUUACCUGGUUGCUCACUGCCUGGCUAGGCAACCUACAGUGCUGACAUGCUUGACCCAUGGACUGGCCCAGCUGUACAGAGCCCGGCCUGCACUUGCCCCCCAUUUUGUGGAUCUCUUAGAUCGGGUGGGCCCUGAGCUGGGGCUGCCCCUGAGGGUGAUGCUGCGGCAAGAGGUGGUAUCCAGGCCAGGCAGGGGUGAGGCCCUUCGCUGGCACCUACAGAUGCUGGCAAAGGUAGCAGAUGGGGAUGCCGAAGGUUGCACCCUUAGCUUCCUGCAGGGUGCAGCUGGCCACUGCACAGACUGGGGCCUCCAGCAGGCCCUGCUGCAGGUCUGCCGAGCCCUGCUGUGGGCAGGUGUCGGGGAAGGCCUGGCAGACUUGCUACAGGCUCUGGCCAGGCAGCUAGAGGACCCUGAUGGGCGGGAUCGUGCCCGCCUCUACUACAUCCUCCUGGCCCACUUGACAAGGUCCAAGCUCAGGGUGGCCCUGGGCCCCUCACUUGCUACACCUGCACUGACCUCUUCACUGGUGGCUGAGAACCAGGGCUUUACUGCAGCACUGAUGGUGCAGGAGGCCCCGGCCCCAAUUCGGCUGAGCGUGGGGCCUCGCAAAGCCAAGGGCCCGGUGCCAGUGCUGCAGCUGCAGGUGGAGGUGCUGGAACCGGUAUACUCUCUGGAGCUGCGCUUCCACGUGGAAGGACAGCUCUACGCUCCCUUGGGGGCUGUCCAUGUGCCCUGCCUGUGCCCCAGCCGCCCCAGUCGCCCUCUGCCCCUGCCUCUGCAGCCCCACCACCCCGCCCCGGCACAGCUGGGUGUGCGUGCCCUGUACACCACACCUGCUGGCCACACAUGCCACGCCCACCUGCCACCCCUGCCUGUGGACUUCGCUGACCUCUUUCUGCCUUUUCCCUUGCCCCCUGAGGAGGCCCGGCUGGGCUUCUUUGAGGAGCUCUGGGAUUCCUGCCUGCCAAAGGGUGCCGAGAGUCGCCUGUGGUGCCCUCUUGGGUCACAGGGGCUGGAGGCCUUGGUGGCCUGUCACCUGGAGCCCUUUGUGAUGGUGGCCCAGCCACCCACUAGCUACCUCAUAGCCAUCCACCUGCCCCCCAACUCAAGACUGCUGCUGCGGCUGGGGGCAGCCCAGGCGGAUGGAGUGCCCGUGGCCCUGCGGACCGAUGACUGGGCUGUGCUGCCCCUGGCAGGGGACUACCUCCGGGGGUUGUCAGACACUGUCUGAGUCCCGGAGCCAGGCCAGGUGGGAACAGGACUGUGGCUCUUGCAGGAUCUUGCCCAGGAAGAGCUACUGAGGGCCUGACACAAUCCUGUGACUCCUUUCUUAAAAAAAAAAAACCUACAUUACCAACAACCCCCACUGGUUUGUUUUCUUUGGGGCCCUGGUUGGGGAAAGGUACACUGGGGUUGAGGUCAGGGGCUCCAGGAAAGCUUCCAGACUAGGAACCCCCAGACUGCAAGGCUGCAAAGUUCCUUCCUGUCCAGAUACGCUGGGAUUCUCCAGAACUGUAGGAGAUUUUGGGGCUGAGAGGGGUCUCUGUGAUCUGGGCUGAAGCCUGCUGACUUCUCACCCCAACCCCUAGGAAACCCAAUCUGUGGACCUAGGAAUAUUCCCAGGUAAGUAGAACUGGCUCCCUUACUUCUUUUUCCAAAUAUGCAAGACGCUUAGGGUUCAAAUGUAUUGCGGCCAGCUCAGCUGCCAGGCCCCAGGCUGGUGUUUCGCUUAUUGGUUGCCUCAUUUCAUCUUUGCAGCAGCACGGCAGGGCCCCACAGGUGAGGAUAUCUGUAGGCCAGAGCGAUGAAGUGAUUUUCCUGCUGUCACCCCGCUGGUUGGCAGUCAUGUUUUGGAGCAGGAGUCUAUUGCCACAGCAUCAGAGCAGAGAUCUGCGUAGGCCGCAGGGACAGAGCCCCCGGCCCUCCCUGCCCGGGCCAGCCCCCAGGAGGCCACAGGAGUGGCAGGCAGCAGUGCUGGGUGGAGAGCGACAGAGGCUUGGCCCUUACCUUUCUGGGGAAAGGGCCUCUUCCGUGGCCCCAGCCUCUUGGGCUCCCAGCCCACAGGUUCCCAUGGGCCAGCUUUCCUUCUGACUGGGGCAGGAAAGGGAAGGGAAGGGCCUGGGGCAGGUGGGGCUGUUACAGGUCAGGUCAGGAGGUCUGUCCCAAGCUUAAGCUAUAUCAACCUGCCAUGUGAUCUGGGCAAGUCACCAAAUCAGGUAGUGUUCAGUUCCAGGAAAUUGGAACUUCUCAAACUGAAAGAAAAAGGGUUUUAAGGCAGAGUUGUACUUCCAAAGUCACUGGGAGGCUGGAGAAGUGCCUGGAACUGUUGAGUUCCAGAACAUACUGCCUUGCCUGCAGUCCAGCUCCUCUGGGCACCUAGAAGCUGGGCUUGGACCCUGGAAUGGGAGUGGGGCUGCCACCACUGCCUCUUGAUACCCACAGAGCCAAAGAGCAGACCUGCUAUAGAAAGAUGGAAACUUCCAUGGCCCCAGCCUCACUUCCUGUCCACAGCAUUCGGAGGGCAUUUCAUAAGUGGAAUCUUUCUUAUGCAGUCCUCUCUCUAAUGGCAAGGGAACCUGGAAAAUGGACUUAUUUUCUUUUUGACCUCAGAUGCAGAAGGUAGUAUCAAUCCUUAGCCUAAAAUUAAGAUAAUUGACCCAUGUGAGGAGUCAUCAGCCAUCUUUCUGUCCAUCUGUAUAUCCAUCCAUGCAUCUAUCCCAUUUUAAUCACCCACUCCUCCAGUGCUGGGUACCAUAUGGCCUCCAACUCUCCCCACCACAAAUACAACACAUUCGA